UAACAUUUUUGAGUUAUACUCUUAACUCAAAUUUAAUCAAGUGUAAUUUAUGCACCAAUUAAAACUUAAUCAAUUUGUAGUUGGAUCUUUGUUUGGGUCGAGUUUUCAAUAUCAAUUGAUACCAACUGGUUUACUAUUGGUUAACGCCAUAAACCAUUAAAACUAAGCCAAUCUUAGUUUGUGUGGAAACAUGUUUUGAUCUUUUAGACUAAUAAGGAGAAAGAGACGUGUGUCUUGCUGAUGAUGUUGUGACCUUUAUCAAAACUAAGACAAGUGUUUUAUGAGGUGGUGGAUUAUAAGAUAAUCAUGAUCUUUAACACAUUUGUCAGCCAUCUUUUUUUCUUCUUUUUAAAAAAAAAAAAAUUGGUUAAACUUUCAUUGGCCAUCAUAUUUAUAAAAGGGACGAAAUUGGUUUAAGUUUGUCUGGACGGAAUUAUAUUCUUCGAUCACGAUCCUUCACAUGAAGGCGUGAAGCAUCGGAGAACGUUAGAUGAGACAUUUUAUUCUAAAUAAUUUUAAUUAUAUAUUACAGGAAAGAUUUGAAGGAAAAGUACACAUGUGUGUGGUAUAUAAAUACAGAACAGGGAGUAUUGCUUACAACAUAUCUCUUUUCGAGAUCUAAAUCCAUUUUGUCCACCAAACUUUUCUUUCUAUUUUGUAUUUUGGUAUGGUAUCUCUCUAGACUCGGUCCACCAAACUUUCCUUACUAUUUCGAGAUCUAAAUCCAUUUUGUCCCAGAUUCCCAAAUAUAAAGGCCGGUAUGGAAGCUGCACGAAGUUUGUUAGGGAAAGGAAUUACUCUUCUAAAAAACCUGCAACAUAUGGCCCUUUCCGUAACCGAGUCAGGGGCACGGCUUUUCGUUACUAGAUUCUUGAGACAGUUCAUAUCGAUUGGUUGUUUAACGAUACUAGAAGACGGAGGAACAAUGUUCACGUUCGGAGGAAAUUAUUCUAAUUGUCUUUUGAAAUCUAUCCUCAAGAUUCACAGUCCUCAGUUUUACUGGAAGGUGAUGACACAAGCGGAUUUAGGACUGGCAGAUGCUUAUAUCAGUGGAGAUUUUUCUUUCGUGGAUAAAGAGUUGGGAAUGUUGAAUCUGAUUAUGAUUCUCAUUGCUAAUAGAGACUUGAGCUCAAGAAAACCAAACUUUGCUAAGAAAAGGGGAUGGUGGACACCAAUGUUUUUAACUGCCGGUUUAGCAUCUGCAAAGUAUUUUUUUAAGCAUGUCUCUAGGCAAAACACUCUAACACAAGCUCGAAGGAACAUUUCUCGUCAUUAUGACCUUAGCAACGAGCUUUUUAGUCUUUUCAUGGAUGAUACCAUGGCUUACUCCUCUGCAGUAUUCAAGUCAGUGAAUGAGGAUCUAAGAACUGCACAAAUGAGAAAAAUAACUCUUUUGAUUGAAAAGGCAAGGAUAGAAAAGAAUCAUGAGGUUUUAGAGCUAGGAUGCGGAUGGGGAACCUUGGCCAUAGAAGUUGUCAGAAGAACUGGAUGCAAAUACACUGGCAUUACUCUAUCUAUUGAACAGCUUAAAUAUGCAGAAGCCAAAGUUAAAGAAGCUAGACUUGAGGAUAGGAUUACAUUUCAGCUUUGCGAUUAUCGCCAACUGUCUGAUGCUCAGAAAUAUAACAGAAUCAUAGCUUGCGAAAUGAUAGAAGCGGUUGGCCACGAGUUCUAUGAAGCGUUUUUCAGCUGCUGUGAAGUUGCGCUUGCAAAAGACGGCAUUUUUGUCAUGCAGUUCACAGCUGUACCUGAAGAGCUUUACGAUGAGACCAGACUAAGUUCAGGUUUCAUAACGGAAUACAUAUUUCCAGGUGGCUGUCUUCCUUCUUUAGCCAGAGUUACUUCAGCCAUGUCCUCCUCCUCUAGGCUAUGCAUUGAAGACGUCGAGAACAUUGGGAUUCAUUACUACUAUACACUGAGAUGUUGGAGGAAGAGAUUCUUGGAGAACCAAAAACAAAUCAUGGAGCUUGGAUUCGAUGAUAAAUUCAUAAGGACAUGGGAGUAUUAUUUCGACUAUGUUGCCGCUGGUUUCAAAACUCUUACCCUUAGAAGCUACCAGAUAGUUUUUUCACGUCCAGGGAACAUUGCUGCAUUCGGAGAUCCAUUCCAUAGUUUCCCUUCUGCUCUGAAAAAACAAGAGUAGAUGAAUCAUUGCUUUUGUUAUUUCCUUGUCAGCUUGCCUUGUUUGUUUGCAAAAGUAUUUGUAUUGUCGAAAGAUCUACUUUCACCAUUGAUUAAACAAUCUUGUUCAAGACCAUAUAUCAAUGUCACUUCUACAAUGUAAUAUCAUACACUUUUACUUAACACUAGAGAUUUUUUCCGCGCUUCGCGCGGAUUGUGUCUUAUAAAUUUAUUUAAUUUAUAAUAUUAUUUGUCGAUUUUUUUCUUUUACAUUAACUUCUUGUUUUUCCAAUGUUAGUU